AUGGCGUCUCCAAUCCGACCUGGAUCCCAGGGAACCUAUGCCUCACCGAUAGCCACCUCACCCGCAACGGAAUACCCAUUCCCUAGCAUUCCGCAGCGACAACAUGGAGGCCCAAAAGGUGGCUUGCGUCGUGGAUCGACGUCGAGCUCAAUUGCCAGCACCCUCGACACGGUUUCACUAAACAAUGCUACAAUAACAGAAACCAGCCAGAAUGCGAUCUCGACAUUGCUGCAACACCCGAUAAUCCACACGGGCCUAAGAGCAACCACGGUCCCUGCCAGCUCUGGAUACAAGGCUCCUACGCCACGCGAUAUUCCUCCCGUUGCCCUCACAAACAUCCCUCACGUCGAAGCCAAAGCGUUCCAUCCUUACCUGUCGCAGGUUGGUUCGCUGUACGAAGCGUUCCAAAGGGCAAAGAAUGAGGGUGAAGGCGAAACAUCCUUGUUCCACCGGGAUAAGAAAGAUACAAAAAAUGAAGAGUGGGAGGCCAUCCUCAGCAAGCGCCUGCAACGGCCGGGGCAUUCACGGGCGAGCUCAGUGAGCUCGACAAUAUCGAUCCCGUCAGAGUCGCCUCAGCCGAAAAGGAGACAGAGUGGCCAACGACGUCAGGCCGUCACCCCGUUGUCCACAAUCCCGGCUGUCUAUUCGGAAGAAGAUUUCCACCUCGAGAACCCCAGGACGUUUGACAUCGUCUCUGAAAAUUCGGAGAUUGUCCGCGACCCCAGUGGUACUCCUUCUGGACGGAAGUCCCUGGCUACAAAUGCAAUUCUGCAAGAGAAGUUGUCAUGGUACAUGGAUACUGUCGAGGUCCACCUGAUCAACUCCAUAUCAACGGCCUCGAAGUCGUUCUUUUCCGCCCUCGGAUCUCUCAGGGAGCUACACAAUGAGGCUGCUGAUUCAGUAGACCGGAUUCAAAGACUCCGGAGGGAGUUGGCGAGACUUGACAAAGAGAUGGCUAUCGACGGGUUGAAAGUGGUCAAUUUGAAGCAGCGUCGCGACAAUGUCCGUCAAUUGGCGCAGGCAAUCAUGCAGCUCGAAGACAUUGUCAAGUCUGUUCAAACAUGCGAAGACAUGGUUGAAAAGGGCGAGAUUGAUCAAGCUUUGGAUCGAUUAGAUGACGUGGAAGCCUUGAUGGCCGGCAGGGAGAGUAAGUCCUCUCAAGUGGACCAACAACUCCGUUAUCAGAGGCGUGAUCUACGAAGAAUCAAAGCCCUCGAGGGCGCCUUGGAUGAUCUGAACCAGUUACGCCAGCGCGCCGGUAGGGGGUACGAGGCCCGAUUCCACAACAGCCUGCUCAGUGAUAUCAGACGACAUGUGGAACACACCGAGACCAGCAUGACCCUUCAAAGGUGGGGGAUUGCCUAUACAAGGCCCAAACCGGGCCAAAGGAGAGCACCUUCAGCGUUCCCUGGAUAUAUGAAUAUUGGAUCUGAGCUACGAGACGAACUUGAAGCUGAGAUGCGAGGCCUCUCGAGGGCCAGGUAUACGACUCCUGCAGCGACUAGUUUUCGGGCAAUCGUCUUGCGGGAGAUGAAGAGCAUGAUCCGAAAGCAGCUCCCGAGCUCCAACGACGAUGACAACGUUUCUACCGUUUCCGCCUCAACAGUCGGUGGAAGAAAUAUGAGCCAACAGGAGAAAUCGUCAAUUCUGGCGAGAAAUCUGAGAUCUCUGGACGCACAAGAUUGGUAUCAGAUGCUUGCAACCAUCUAUACAAACAUUAGUGAGGGUCUGCGCCGACUCAGCGUGCAGGUCAAAAUUUUGUUGGACAUCACAAGUCAUUUACCAGACCAUAUGAUCAAAUCCCCUCCGAGAACUCCAGACCCUGCAAGUAUCGACAGAGUUAUGAGUCCUCCGACAGGCCGAGCCCGAGCUACCAGUUCUGUGCAGGCAGAAAUGCAGCAAGUUCUAGAUCUCUCCAGUCUUUUAGGGGAAGGCGUCGAUCUUGCGCAGGCACAGAUCACGAAAGUAGUUAGGGUUCGGUCACAGCAGAAUUCGGAGCUGCCAUUGUCUGAUUUCUUGAGGUACUUUACGCUCAACAGACUAUUUGCGGAUGAGUGUGAAGCGAUAUCUGGCCGCAGCGGCGCGGGACUCAAGAGCGUCCUCGACACCCAAAUCAAGGAUUUCGUUGCGCGAUUUGCAGACGCCCAGAAGCACGAAGUGAUCAAGGUGAUGGAUGCGGAUAAGUGGGACGCUCGUGAUUUCGGCGAGCGUGAGAAUGAGAUUCUUGCUCGAGUGAUGGAAGGUAGUACUAACGAUGCUCUUCCUUGGAUCGAGAGCACAAUGAUCUGGCAAACUUCGACCAACGGCGCAGAGACCAGCAACGGAGCGGCAACCAACGGCACAACAGCUGCAGGGACAAAGGUGCGCAGCGCAGUGAUCGACGAGCAAAAGUAUAUACUUCCAGAAUCUGCCAUUGCCAUGUUACGAUCCAUGGAAACUUUCCAGCACCUAGCGGCCGGCAUCCCGAGUAUGAGCAAUGAAGUGGCCAUGUCAUUGCUGGAAAGCCUCAAAUUGUUUAAUUCCCGAAGCUCCCAGCUAAUCUUAGGAGCCGGCGCUACUAGGAGUGCAGGGCUGAAGAAUAUCACGACUAAGCACCUGGCACUGUCGUCUCAAGGGCUGAGCUUCAUCGUCGCCCUCAUACCGUAUGUGAGAGAAUUCUUCCGCCGCCAUCUCCCUUCAUCGACAGCUGGGCAAGUUAUGACCGAAUUCGACAAGGUCAAGCGUCUCUUCCAGGAACAUCAACAUGGCAUACACGAGAAGCUUGUCGACAUCAUGUCCGGAAGAGCCUCGAUGCACGUCAAGGCCAUGAAGAAUAUUGACUGGGAAGAAGCGGCCAAGAACACGACCGUCAAUGUGUCGCCGUACAUGGAGACGUUGGCGAAAGAAACGGCCACCCUGCAGAAAGUCCUGGCCAAACACCUACCAGAGCCUGUGAUGGCGGGGAUCAUGAUGCCCGUGUUUGCAAGUUACCGAGAGCAGUGGACGAAUGCGUACCGAGAUGUCACCAUCAAGUCCCUCAAGGCCAAGGAAAGGUUACUCGCGGACGCAUCAUUCUUCAAUGCGCGAAUCAGCAAGAUUGACGGCUCGGGUGAUCUAGGCGAGCAUAUCAUGAAAGUCGUCCAGGCAAAGGCAGUGGUUAGCAGUGCUGCAGCAGCAACAACAACAACAACAACAGCGCCGCCAUCAUCAACUCCACCAUCCGAACCCCCCGCCACAGGAGGUGAUGGAGAACAGAAGCAGGACUCCGCGCAGCAGAACGGAGAGAAGAAAGCUGAAGGCACAGAGAAGCAGGAAGACUCCAAGACAUAG